AUGGGCCUCGUCCUGCUCAUCGCCCUUCCCCUCCUGCUGCAGGAGCCCUCCGCCGCCCGCGCUCACUACGAGAUGAUGGGCACCUGCCGCAUGAUCUGCGACCCCUACAGCGCCGGCAGCGUGGCCGCCGGGCCCUCCGGCCGUCCCGGGAGCACCGCCGCUCUGGAGGCCCUGCAGGAGCUGAGCGCCCAUCCGCCCUCCCCCCUGCCGCCCUUCUUGCAGGGUCCCAAGGGGGAUGCCGGCCGGCCGGGCAAGCCGGGGCCAAGGGGGGCUCCUGGGGAGCCGGGCCCACCGGGCCCGAGGGGUCCCCCUGGAGAGAGGGGGGAUUCUGGGAAGCCUGGACUCCCGGGCCUGUCGAUGUCCCGAAUCGGACCGCCCGGAGCAGCGACUACAGUGGGAGUAGCCGGGUCGGGCGUGAGUGGUAGUAGCAGCCCGCCGCCGGGAGGCGAGGUAACCGGCGCGCUGAGCGCUGUCUUCAGCGGCCCCCGGAUCGCCUUCUACGUGGGCCUGAAGAGCCCCCACGAGGGCUACGAAGUGCUCAAAUUCGACGACGUGGUGACCAACUUGGGCAACCACUACGAGCCCAGCACGGGGAAGUUCACCUGCCAGGUGCGCGGCAUCUACUUCUUCACCUACCACAUCCUCAUGCGCGGCGGUGACGGCACCAGCAUGUGGGCAGACCUCUGCAAGAACGGGCAGGUGCGAGCCAGCGCCAUCGCUCAGGAUGCGGACCAGAACUAUGACUACGCCAGCAACAGUGUAGUGCUCCACCUGGACUCGGGAGACGAAGUCUACGUCAAGCUGGAUGGAGGCAAAGCCCACGGAGGCAACAACAAUAAAUACAGCACUUUCUCUGGCUUCCUUUUGUAUCCUGAUUGA